AUGCGCAGAGACCCAUGCGUAGUCCCACAUCUAUAUAAAGCCCAAAACACGAUAUUUGGAAUGAAAAAAAAAAAAAAAAAAUAAAAAAAAAAAAAAAAAAAAGGUUUUGAGGGGCCUCCACCGCGUCUUGUUGUGACCGAGCAUAGACUUGGGGACUUCGCGGGUCAGGGUAGCUGCGCAGUCGCUCUCCUGUCUUUGUCUCGACCGAGUUGGGAAGUGGGUGCGGGGUGGGCCUCUUGUCGUUAGUACGCCAGUUCUUUUUCAUUUUCUCUCUUUCUCUUCUCUCUCUCAUUCGUCUCCUGGGGGGGAGCAACCGCUUGGCUGGGGCACUUGAAUCCGAAGUAUCGGAUUGGUGGACUUGGCCCGUUUCUCGCAUCUUGCGGGCGGUUUGUGUUAUCAUCGUCGACUUCCAUCUAGUUUUUCCGUAGGCCAAUCAGGGGGAACAGGACUUGGGGGCAAUAUGAUGAACAGUUUCUACAAAAAAAAAAAAAGGACGACACCGAUCACUACUUCUUCGGCUGCUUCGACUCGCGAAACGUCUGGAUCGCGGCGAGGGGCGUGCUCUGCGACGCGCUCGGAUGCGACACGAUCGAGGACGCCGAGUACACGACGCUUCAACGACUCUUUGGCCUCCCCAAGCUCAAGGCCAAGCUCAGCGCACAGGAAGGCGCGGGCAGGACGAUCGAGAUCUUCACGGGGAUGGUUUUGGAGAUGAUCAGCAGUGGGAGAUGGAGGAUGCAGAAGCACGGGACGAGGAUGGAAAGCGUGGAGAGGAGGAGGGUGGUACUGGAGGAGAGGAUGAAGUUGAGGGCGGGAGGAGCAAGAGGCAGGCGAGUGCAGUAG